GACCAGCGAAACAGGGGCGCUCUAUUUCCACUUUUCUGUUUAGUCUUCCUCCCUCCCUCCCUCCUCAGUCCUCUCUCUCUGUCGGUCUUUACUCUUUACUCAGAAGUCAGAAGAUUCCAUUUUAGAGUCCAUCCUCCAGUAACCAGCUCAAACCUCAAAGUGUCGGCAGACCGAAGAAAAUCCGACUCAAAAUGGCGCCACCACAGUCCUUUUCACUCCCACUUCUCCUCUUUGGCAGAAUAUUAGCUCUCACAGUUGCAGCUUUACUCCUCUACUGGGCUUUUGUUGUCUACUCUCGCCACUCCUCUGAACACUCCCUCAUUUAUGCAGCUCGGCAUCCGCUGCUGAUGGUGAUUGGUUUCAUCCUUGUUAGUGGAGAAGCAAUUUUGGUACACAGAUGGCUGCCCUGCUCUAGGAACGGAAAGAAAUUGGCGCAUUUGGGCCUCCAAGGAGUGGCUUUGAGCUGUGGGGUAUUUGGGGUUUGGACAAUCUUCCAUGUCCGAAAGGGUAUCAUGGGCAACUUCUUGAGCUUGCAUUCUUGGUUGGGAUUGAUUUGCAUUUCCUUGUUUGCUGCUCAGGUAUUCAUCUCUUCACCCCACUCUCUCUAUCUAUUAUUCAACUGCAGUCUACUAGUACUGUCUUGGUUGAUGGGGUUCCUGAGCUUUUGGUAUAGAGGCGAGAUGCGAACGGUGCGGGCGAGUAGAUUGCCAUGGCACAUCUUCCUUGGUCUCUACACCUACACCCUUGCAGUUGCAACGGCAGAAACAGGGUUGAUGGAGAAGCUCACUUUCAGGGAAAUGAGAAGGCUUAGUGACAGUACUGCCUCCAAACGCUCUCCAGAAACAAUGGUUGCUAAUGGAUUAGGGUUGGGGUUGGCUUUGCUCGCUGGAGUUGUAAUACUGGCCGCAAUUUCUCCAAAGCACCAAACCACCCUUCAACGUAAAAGUGUGUACUCAGAGUCAAACUCCAAGUGCUAAUUCAUCUUCUUUGGAAACCAACAAGUUGAGUGUACAGUUUGCAGUGUAACUUUCUAUUUGUUUACUGUUGUAUUAGAAUCCAUGUCUGUGGAUAGUCAGAAUUAAGCAUUUUUCUUCUUAUGAUCGUUUAAUUAGGCCUUUUGGCUUUUGUUAUCAUAAUUAAGUAAUGAAUACAGGAAAUUAAGUCAUCAGUUACAAAACACAA